AUGAGGCGCUUCCACUUCCAAUGGUCGCUUCGCCGUAAGUUGGCGAACUCAGGCGCGCUCUCCGCGGCCAGACCAUUUUUGAUCACAAUGCCUCCACGAGCUGGAUCGUCAUUAUCGCCAUUGGCUCUCGGGGCCAAGUGGUGCGAUGCUUACGCGAGCACAACGUUACGGUCUCGCCCAGCCGUCCAACUCGCUUGCGCUUUUUCAACGACAUCACAGCAAUCCAGAAGAUCAAAGCCGCAGCAUGAGCUGCAGCAUUGGCUGAAGGCUCGGGGUUCCAUCUUUCGCGAUGUCCCCAGUGACGGCCCCAAGUAUCUAUCCAUGAACGAUGACCAGCCCUUCCCGCUGAAUCCCUUCUUCAAGAGUCAGCCUGUGUUGAGCGAGGACAUGAGGGAAGAGAUCUUUACAAGGGUAAAAGAGAAGAAGGAAUCUCUAAAACUGGUUUCAGCCGAAUUAGGUGUCGAUGUCCGCCGCGUCGCCGCCGUUGUGCGAAUGAUGGAGGUGGAGAAGCAGUGGAUUGCCGAGCGCAAACCAUUGGCUCGGCCAUACGCGAGGGCGGUUCUCCGAAUGCUGCCCCAGACCGAGCUGAAUAAAGACAGACCGGAUCUGCAGAGUCCUCAUGAACCUAUCAACGAGAUCCAUGUCCACAGGCUUACGAUGCAGCAACUGUUCGUGCCCGUGUCCGAGUCUCGCCAGUUCGACAGAGAAGAUGCUGCGAAGGCUUUCCACAGAAAAAUGCUUUCUGUGGACGGCCGCUCGCCACACAAGGAGCUCAUUUCCAUGAGGAAAGCUGCUGCUGCUGGCGGUUCGGCAGCCGAGUUGACCAAGAAAUUCAGAGAGGUCACAAGGGCUGAAGAGGACAGAUUAGUCGAGAGGGAGCGCCGACGUCUUGAGAAGGCCGAGGAAGAGACCCAACGUGUGGAUACCGGUCGUUUCGAGUUCCGAUUCAAGGAGAUGAACGUCGACAGCGCCGGUAAGGAUGGUCGAAGCAGAAGAGGCGUUGGCUGGAGAUAUGGCGUGCCCUUCUACGAUCGCAGGAAGGGCGAGCUGAAGAUUCCUACGUCGGUGCCCUGA